AUCCGAGAAGAUGAGCUAAGAACAGCUGGGCCAAUGGCUUCCACAAGUUUGCACGUCCUGGCGCUCCGUCGACUGCACUACGCGCCUCCAAUCUCCUCCACGGCGCACCCUCCUAAACCUGCGCAACCUUCGAGCACAACCGCGCUUCCCGGCCGGAGGCAGUGGUUGCUCUUGCUGACGGCGACGACGACGCUGAAGGCGGCGGAGCUGCCGUCGAGGGCGGAGGACAUUCCGCUGUUUGGACUCCGGAAGAAGCUGAAGCAGGCGGAGGAGGAAGCCGAGGAGGUGAUCAAGGAAGGCAUCGAGACGGCGGAGAAGGAGAUCCAAGCUGCGGAGAGGGGAAUCGAGACGGCGGAGAAGGAAAUCGAAACGGCGGUGAGCUUCGGGAGCUUGGCGCAGGCGGUGGCGGUGGCGGCUGCGGAGGCUAUCGGACUUGUGAUCGCUACUUUGGUUGUGAACAGCAUUUUAGGACCCGAAGGUCAGAAAUCAUGAAGGAAUGUAAAAGUAACUGUGGAAGAUGAUGAAUAGAAUAUCCGCUUUUGAUUGAAGAAUAAGUUGUAAUGGAAUGUAUGUAAGUCGACAAGUGGGAAUUUCGUUUCAAUUUUUGAUACCA